AUGGCCUCAGUUCCUACGAGUCAAGCACUAAGUGCUGUUGAUAGUCCCUCGAACAAUACACCCGAGUCACAGCUCGAGAAUAAACCAAAAACGGAGAAAGAGCUUGAGAGAGAGCGAAAGAAGGCAGAAAAAUUAAAGAAAUUCGAAGAAAAGAAAGCUAAAAAGGCGGCCACCACUUCACUACCAGCUAAAAGCCCUGAAAAGAAAGCUAAGGCUGCAAAGGACAAGACGGCCGAUGCUUACGAACCCGAGAAGAUCGAAUCUGGAAAAUAUAAGUGGUGGGAAGAGAACGGCCUCUUUCGGCCUAAUUUCGGACCAGAUGGGAAGGUCAACUCAAAAGGGGCGUUUGUCAUGACGCUCCCUCCACCCAACGUAACCGGUGCUCUUCAUAUGGGACACGCGUUGACCAAUGCGCUCCAGGAUACUAUGGUCCGAUGGCAACGUAUGAAGGGGAAAACAGUGCUCUGGCUUCCAGGAUAUGAUCAUGCCGGUAUCUCUACCCAAAGUGUUGUGGAAAAGAUUCUAUGGAAGACCGAGAAAAAGACUCGUCAUGAUGUUGGACGAGUGGCUUUGACUGACAUGAUCUGGGCCUGGACGCACAAGUACCAUAAUAGUAUCACAACUUCUAUGAGGAGUAUGGGUGGUUCUCUCGAUUGGACUAGAGAAGCAUUCACGAUGGAUGAAAAUUUCUCUGCUGCCGUCACAGAUACAUUUGUUCAGCUACAUGAAGAGGGUAUCAUUUACCGGGCCAACAGACUUGUGAAUUGGUGUGUUGCUUUGAACACAUCUCUAUCCAAUCUUGAGGUGGAAAAUAGGGACCUUGACGGUCGGACGCUUCUAGAUGUUCCAGGGUACGACAAGAAAAUCGAAUUUGGCGUGUUGACCCACUUCCUUUAUGAAAUUGACGGCUCCAAUGAAAAGAUUCAAGUAGCAACGACCCGGCCCGAAACAAUGCUUGGAGAUACUGGUAUUGCCGUGCACCCUGACGAUACACGCUACCAGAAAUACAUUGGCAAAUAUGCAAGGCACCCAUUUGUGGACCGUCUACUGCGAAUCGUUCCUGACGAUAAAGUGGAUCCUGAAUUUGGAACCGGGGCCGUCAAGAUCACCCCCGCUCAUGAUUUCAACGAUUUUGUCAGAGGCAAGGAACAUAAUUUAGAAUUUAUCUCGAUUAUGAACGAUGAUGGGACCUUUAAUGCUAAUGCGGGCCCUUUUGCGGGUACAAAGCGUUUUGAUGCUCGUUACCAGGUCAUCGAAGCCUUGAAAGAAAAGAGGCUCUAUGUUAAAUGGGAAAACAACCCCAUGAAAGUUCCUCUAUGCGCCAAAUCAAAUGAUGUGAUUGAACCAAUCUUGAAGCCCCAAUGGUGGAUGAAAAUGAAGGAGCUCUGUGACCCUGCUAUUAAAGCUGUUGAACAUGGCGAUAUUAUCAUUCGUCCAGAAAGCGCAGAAAAGAGCUAUUACCGGUGGAUGAACAAUAUCACAGACUGGUGCCUCUCUAGGCAACUUUGGUGGGGCCAUCAAGCCCCAGCUUAUUUCGUUCAAUUUGAAGGUGAACAAGGAGAUAACAGCGAUGGAGAACUAUGGGUUACUGGCCGUACAGAAGAAGCUGCCCGGCAAAAAGCGGAAGCGAAGUUCCCAUCGAAGAAGUUCUCCCUUGUACGGGACCCUGAUGUACUGGAUACCUGGUUUUCUUCGGGCUUGUGGCCGUUUGCCACUCUUGGUUGGCCUAAAACAAGUCACGAUUUCGAACACCUCUACCCUACGUCCGUUUUGGAGACUGGCUGGGACAUCCUAUUCUUCUGGGUUGCUCGCAUGAUUAUGCUUGGAAUGAAAAUGACAGGCCAAAUCCCUUUUCGCGAAGUGUAUUGUCACUCAUUAAUUAGAGAUUCCGAGGGAAGGAAGAUGUCGAAAUCAUUGGGCAAUGUGGUUGACCCUCUUGACAUUAUGAAAGGCAUUACAUUAGAUGCGCUACAUCAAAAGCUGCUAGAGGGAAACCUUGCUCCAAAAGAGGUUGCCACUGCUACUAGGUACCAGAAGAAAGCGUUUCCAAAAGGAAUCCCAGAAUGUGGAGCCGAUGCGCUGCGAUUUUCCUUAGUAUCGUAUACCACAGGUGGGGGCGAUAUCAACUUUGAUAUCCAGGUCAUUUAUGGCUACAGAAGAUUUUGUAACAAAAUUUAUCAGGCUACCAAAUACGUUCUUGGCAAAUUAGGUGAUGAUUUCCAACCGCUCGCGACCCCUUCGAAAAUUGGAGUAGAAUCACUCUCUGAGAGAUGGAUUCUCCACAAGUUCAAUAUCGCAGCAAAGCUUACCAAUGAAAAACUAGAGCAACGCGAGUUUUCUGAUGCUGCUAUCAUACUCUAUCAAUAUUGGUAUAGCCAACUCUGUGACGUUUUUAUUGAAAAUUCAAAAUCCCUGCUGCAGCAAGAUACUUCCGCUGAUGUCCAAGAAUCGGCUAAGCAAACACUCUACACAGUCCUCGAAGGCGCCUUAGCCUUAAUUCACCCGAUCAUGCCUUUCAUAUCUGAGGAACUGUGGCAACGCCUACCUCGCCGUCCCGGUGACACUUCAGUCUCCAUUAUGACAGCCUCUUAUCCGGAAUAUAACCCAGCCUUUGAUGAUCCUGCCGCAGAAAUUGCUUACGAUUUGAUAUUGGCCACUUCAAAGGUCAUCCGCAGUAUUUUAGCCGAGUAUGACGUCAAAACAAAAGGAGAUGUCAAAAUUCAAACAUACGACGCUACAAGUUACAAGACCAUCAGCGACGAGGUCCCCAGUAUUAAAUCUUUAAGUGGGAAAAAUAUUGGCGAGAUUUUGGUUCUCGGCUCUGAAAAUACUACACCCCCUCCAGGCUGCGUCGUUUCUUCAGUUGGAGCCAAUGCCGCCGUGUACCUAGAGGUGUCGAAUGAAAUACGUCUGGAGCAAGAAGAAAAGGCCAGGGAAAAUCUCGCCAAGGCUCUUGAGACCAUCAACCGACAAUUGGCGAUCACAAAUGCUGCGGGUUGGAAAGAAAAGGCCAAGCCGGAGGCGAGGGAAAUGGAACAGAAGAAACUCCGGGAUGCUCGAAGUGAAGCCGCACGUAUUGAAGAGCAGAUCAGAGAUUUGGAAAAGUUGAAAAUUUAG